AUGCCGUGCCUCAGAAAUGUUCGAAGCGACAACUUCGACAUUGACGACAUACCAGAAGUGCCAGUCAACUUUGCACGUUACCUGGACAACUACAUCCAGACUCGCAUGAUUCUGAUGGUGGAAAGAACAGACAAAACGAUCAGCAAGACGAAGGUCGCCAACGAGAUGUUCCGCCACACCUUUCAGAAAAGUCGCAACGCCUUCCAGGGACUUGAGACACAGGUUUUCGUGACCAUCGACAUCAUCAAGAAAGUCCCCGAGCUGCGAGAAGACCACAGAGCUCUUAUCCGAAGAAUGUAUGACCAGGCUUCAAAGAGAUGUGAAUUGCAAGACGAGUCGCAUGAGGUCUACUUUAACCACCACUUGGACUACAUCAUCAAUCUCUUCAGCGACACUAGUAGCCGCAAAGACUACAUGGUUGACACCUUUAUCCCCAUGAUUGAUGACUUCCUCGAUACUAUCGGCGAGGAAGAUCCCUAUCACGCCCAGAUCCGCGGUCAUCGCAAUACCGUACGCCUGCUCGUACGCGCCGUAGAUGCCAUGCUCCAACAAUAUGGAAAUUUGUUCUUUGGCAAGAGGCAGAUUGUGCGACCUUGCAUCGACGAUGGCGAGAACGACGACGACGACGACGAGACUGAACAAGACCCAUCCAAUCUCCAUGAACUUUUGCACCAAGACGAGGCCGCCCGCAAGAGCCUUGAGCAAAAGUUGGACGUCCUAAAAAUGGAGCUUUUCCUAGCCGAAGCACGAACCAGCGUCGAGGCAAAGAUGGCUAUGCUCAGCAUGGAUGUUUCUGGCGUCGAGGAGUGA